AAAUUCGUAACAUAUUUUACAUUUGGUAAAUUCGCUUCACAUAACACGAAUUGUAAUUCGUAACAUAUCAUACUAAAUGGAAUGUCUCGGAUUUAGGUAAAGAAUAAUACGAAAUGCUUUGAGACCAGGUUGGCAUGGUGUAACUAGCUGGGUUGGUGGUAGGCCACAUUGAUAUUCCUGUGGAUAAUAGCAAGGAGAUAGUGUUGGCUAAAGGACUAUGCUUCUGUAUAAAUUGUCUAACAACAUAUGCACCUGUUUCUUACAGUAGUAGUAUGCCCAACCAGGAUAAAUACCAAUAUCCAGAUGCAAAAAACGAAUGACACGGUUUGGAUCUUGUUAUUUUACUGAUAUUUAAUUUAGUUGGGGGAUUUGAGGGUAGCUAACUUGUAGUAUCUAUCUGACUGUGCAAAAAGUGUUUUAUGGUUCAGGCACUGAAAGGACAACUAAAAUUGAGCUACCCCUAUAUUGAAGGACCUUUCGACACCCAACUGCUUUCUCCGACAGCAAUCUCGGCAAUGGCGGAUUACGAUAACUACGAUGACCGAGAUCGGGCUUACGGUAGUUUUGGUGGAGGCAGAGGACCCAGAGGUGGCAGUGGACCUGGUGGACCCCGCAAGCAAAAGGAUCUACCCACAGAGCCCCCAUACACAGCCUACGUGGGUAACCUGCCCUUCAACACAGUGCAAGGAGACAUAGACGCCAUUUUCAAAGACCUCAAUGUCAGGAGUGUUCGACUAGUCCGAGACAAAGAAACAGACAAGUUUAAAGGUUUUUGUUAUGUAGAGUUUGAUGACUUGGAAUCCCUUAAAGAAGCUUUGACGUAUGAUGGUGCUCUCCUUGGAGACCGGUCACUCAGGGUUGACAUAGCAGAGGGCCGAAAGCAAGAGAGGGGCGCCGGAGGAUUCGGCUUCCGGGGGAACGACAGAGGAGGCCGAGGGGGCUCUCGUGGAGGUGGUCCCAGAGGAGGCUCCAGAGACGACUAUGAAGGAGGCUACAGAGGAGACGACGACUUCGGACGAGGCCGAGGAGGUGGCCGCGGUGGUGACCGAAGGGGAGGCGGUGGAGGAGCAGGCAUGGGGGGACGCUACAGGGACGGCGGACCACCACCGCGCGCUGGAGCGGAUGACUUCAGAGAACCCUCUGACGAGGAGAGGGCACAGAGACCGCGACUUCAGCUGAAACCACGCACGGUGGCUGCCCCGCUAAACCAAGUCGCCAACCCCAACUCUGCCAUAUUUGGCGGAGCCAAGCCGAGAGAGGAGCUUGAAAAAGAGGCAGAAAAGGAAUAGAUAUAUCCACGCGGCUGCAUUAUUCUGGAAGUCUACUCUGGAUCUACUGGCUUUGUUUACCAAAAAUCUUUCAAAGACUUCUCCCAAAGAGCUCGCUGGGGAGUCGGGCGCUGGGUUCCUCUUUCUGCUCGCUAACACAAAGGCAGGCCUUCAUCUAAUUGGUAAAAAAAAGCAGUUGGAGCCAAGGCUGCUGUGAGGGGCAGGGGCCAGGCCUAUGUCAACCUGACCCGUACCCCACACACAUCAAAAGGAACUCGGGACAGGGGCUUCAGUUUGGUUCUGUUGCCUUUGGGUAAGGACUUUGCUGUGUAAUUUUCUCUUACCUUUCCCAAGGCAUCCUUUUGUGUUCACCAAAUUAUUUUCCGUUUUAGACAUACAGCUGUCAAAAGGGCUGUUCCUUUGGUGUCUUUUAUAUCUUUUCCUCCAAAAUUUCUGCUCUAUUUGUGAAAUGACUAUCAUUUCAGCUUCAAAUUUCCACUGUCUUAAAUAUUAAAUGAUAACAUUGCCAAGAGAACUGAAUCCUUAUUGUUGUCUCUCAAUGUGUAUUUCUGGAACCUGAUUUUGAAAGAUUUUUGAUCUUAGUCUGUUAAAUCCAGGCAAAAUGGCUUCCUGCAUAAUGGAGCGAUGCCGAAAGUGUUUUAGAGGAGCGGCUGAAGCGCGCACUAGAUUAAAUCAGAAACAUGGGUUAUUGCAACGGUCUUGAUGUCUGGCAACUUUUGACUUCCACAUCUUAAUAGUUAUAUGCAUUUUAUCAACAACAAAAAAAUGGAUCACUUAAACACUGCAAAAUGUACUACUUUAACAGGAAACUGAACAAAAAUCACCUGCUCUCAUUUGUCCCAUGGAGACCGGCUAAAUCUAGUCUGCCUUACCAGUAGAUUGUGUAGGAGGAUGCUUUUGAGAAUGUGUUGCAACCAUUUUUAUUUACAUUUUACUGGUUAUGAAAUUUUAGUACGUGAUAACUUGUUCUUACUGUACUAUAGAAAGAUCUGUUUUUUUUUUGUUUGUUUUUUUCCUACACUGUUUAUGGCAAUAAAAUGUAUCAUCUUACAUUAAUUCUUAAUGUGUUUGAAUGGGAUGGGUGAAUAAGUAAAGGCAAUGAAGUAGUUCUCGGAGAACACAAAGCAAUGUGAACAUAGAAGGAAAAACAUUUUAAUUUAAUGGAGCAGGGCAGGUGUUUUGAAAAAGUUAGCUCUGUAAGGAACAUGCAUACAUAUCCAGUUUCAGACCAUUUUAAGUUAUUGAUUAUUCCCUACACAUUCUUUCUAUGUUCGCACGUGUCUUUCUGCCCACAUUUAGAAACAAUGUAUUGCAUGCAGAGAACCUAGUUCCUCAUCAAUGCUUUCCCCACAGGAUUACAACAUAAUGCAGAGUAUAUGUAGAAUACCGUUUGGAGGCCUGUUGUGCUCGAGGUGCAGGGAUCGGAUCCUUUUUGGUGUGUGUCUGAAUGCCAGACAGAAUCUUUGUUCUGAUUUUAUGGUUAGUUGAACUUUGAGAACAGGGGGUGUAUUCAUUAUGAACUGUUUUAAGAAGCAAACUGAGUGAAACAAUUGUUUCUAUUGGACAAAUUUCAGGUAGGUCCCGCCCUGUUUUUGUUUGCUUCCGUUUUAAGAAACUUGCAACAAUCGGUGUAAUGAAUAUGCCCCCGAGCAAGAAUGUUUGCUUUAUUUUGAAUAACCCAAUAUUGGUUUUAAAUUGGCCAUUUGUUUUGCAGAGUAGAUACAGCUUGAAAAUUACAGGGUUUGGUGUUUUGAACAGUCUUUUUAAUAAAACAAUUGAAUUGUCUGUCACUGCUUACAUGAAACGGUUGGGUAUUUGUUUUAUCUGAAGGAAGUACCAGUAUCAAAUGUUCUAGCAUGAAAAACAAUUUAACAUUUAGUCCUUUGGGGAACAAUCUUGAGACAGUUCAAAGUAUUAGGCCACUGUGUUGACCACAUUUUGUCAAUAAAUCUUCACUAAACACGUUUUGGUGUGUCAAGUACAACACA